UCCCAUUCAAACAGGGCCUUCAUCAACUCCAAAGUCCAAAUAAAGCCACUUCCCCAUCUGAUUCUUCUUCUUCUUCCUCUUCCUCCUCCUUUGAGACCACCUUCAUAUCUUCCUUUGUAAAAAAUCUUUCCUUUCAUCCUAUAAUCUCUUCUUCUUCUUCUUCUCUGAGAACAGAACAGUUUUGGAUCUUCUUUUGAUUUGUUUCUUGUUUUUUUCUCUGUCUCACUCUGUUUCCAUCUCUGUACAUAAUAAGAAACAGAGGAUCAUCAAUGGCGGCCAACAAGUUUGCAACCAUGCUACAUAGAAACACCAACAAGCUUACUCUUAUCCUUGUCUACGCUCUUCUUGAAUGGGUUUUAAUCUUCUUCCUCCUUCUCAACUCUCUCUUUUCUUAUCUAAUUAUCAAAUUCGCCGAUUACGUUGGCCUUAAAAGGCCCUGUCUCUGGUGUUCUAGGCUCGAUCAUAUCUUUGAGCCCCACAAAUACAAGGAUUCUUACCGAGAUUUUAUGUGCGAUGCUCAUGCCACUGAGAUUUCCAAACUGGGUUUCUGCGCCAGUCACCGAAAACUGGCCGAAUCACAUAACAUGUGCGAGGAUUGCUCGUCCUCGUCCUCCUCGCAGCCUGAAUUGUCAAACAAGUUUGCUUUUUUUCCAUGGAUGAAACAAAUUGGAAUGGUUCAAGGUGAUGGUAAUAAGAAUAAUAAGGUGAGUGAAACUGUUGAGCUGGAAGAUUUGAAUUGCUCUUGCUGUGGAGUGAAGUUGGAGGAAAAAAUAUACCCACCUUAUCUUUUGAUUAAACCUUCUUGGGAUAUUUUAGAUUAUACUCAGAAAGGAAACUUGAUUGAAGAAACAGGUGUUGAUGGUAAAGUCGAUGAAGGUGAUCUUUCAGAUCAAACCAGAUCCGAUUUUGUGCCCGAUCAAAUGAACGAUGAACCUUUGGUUGAAGACGACAGAGGAUCUCAGAUGGUUUCUGAUGUUGAAGAAGAUCUUGAAGAAAGAGAAGGGGAGGCAGAUGGAGGUCUCGAAGGAAGAAAAGUGGAAGCAGAGGAUGAAUUUUCAUGCUACAUAUCUAGUUUUGACUGUAAGAAAAUGGCAGAUAAUGAAGAUGGGAAAGUGGGUUUGGUUAUUGGGGAACCGCAAAAAACAAACAAAGGGCUUGAUUCCGGUGAGUCCAUGGGUUCUCAAUCUGCAACCCAAAUUGGUUUCAGUGAAGAGAAGUCUUCUGAAAUUGUCACGCCUAAGCAUCUAGAGUUUUACAUUGAUGGGGAUGAUUGUCAUUUGAUUCCAGUUGAUUUCAUGAACUCCAGAACUACAAAAAAUCAUGGACUCUACAAAUUUAGUGAAGAAGAUCAAGGGGUAUCCGGUAAUGGAGACGUUAUUCUGGAUUUCAACCUGCAAGACGAGGCAGACCUUAGCCUGGUUGUGGAGAGCCGCAGCUCCGAGGAGCCAGUCACAUUACUUUCACCCCAUGAGAGAAUAAAGAACGCAGAGGCUGCAGUGCUUGAACUAGUGGAAAAUGAGGAACAGAAUUCAACAGUCGUCCAUGGAGACUUGAUAGAAGAUAGAGGUCAACAAGUUGCUGCUACUCAAGCAACUCAAACCCCAUUGAUAGACAUAGAUGAUGUUCAUGAAGGUACUGCAAUGGGUUCAGAAGACUUGGAUAAAGAUGAUUAUCAACUUCAAGAUGCAGAGUUGGAAGAUAUACUUCAAAUACAAAAUGAUGAAACCGAUGCAGAGAUCUCAAUUGGCACAGAAAUUCCUGAUCAUGAACCCAUUGAUGAUAUUCCACCUCAAGAAGAUCUUUCUGAAUAUUCAGCCCUGCAAGAAAGUCCUUCAACAAGUUCAUCUCAGUUACCUGAACAAGAUGACGAUAGUUCUAAACAAGCUGAAGAAGUUUUAGAAUUCAAGACAAUGACAAUCGAGACAAGAGAAUAUGAGAUAAACACUCAUGUACAAUUAUCUGCAGAGCUUCACGAGAUUGAGGAAGAUAAGGUGCCUGAUACUCCGACUUCUAUAGACAGUCUUCAUCAGUUACACAAGAGGCUGCUACUGCUGGAGAGAAAGGAAUCAGGAACAGAAGAUUCUUUGGAUGGCAGCAGCGUGAUCAGUGACAUUGAAGGUGGUGAUGGAGCAUUGACAGUUGAGAAGCUCAAAUCAGCAUUACGAGCUGAAAGGAAGGCGCUAAAUGCUUUAUAUUCUGAACUAGAAGAAGAGAGGAGUGCUUCUGCAAUAGCAGCCAACCAGACAAUGGCAAUGAUAAACAGGCUUCAAGAGGAGAAGGCAGCAAUGCAGAUGGAAGCUUUGCAGUACCAGAGAAUGAUGGAGGAACAAGCGGAGUAUGACCAAGAAGCAUUGCAGCUCUUGAAUGAGCUUAUGGUGAAAAGAGAGAGAGAGAAAGCUGAGCUAGAAAAGGAGCUGGAAACAUAUCGAAAGAAGGUGCAGGAGUACGAAACAAAAGAGAAAAUUUCAGUGUUGAGAAGAAGGAAAGAUGCUGGCAGCAGAAGAAGCAGAACUUCGUCAGCCUCUUGUAGCAACGGUGAGGAUAGUGAUGGAAUAUCUAUUGAAUUGAAUCAAGAAUCAAAAGAAGAGGAUAGUUUCUGCAAUGGUGAAAGUAGUAUGGAUCAUAAUAACCAGAAUACCCCUGUGGAUGCUGUUGUUUAUUUGGAGGAAUCAUUAGCCAACUUCGAAGAAGAAAGGUUGUCGAUUCUAGAGCAGCUUAAGGUGUUGGAAGAGAAGUUAUUUACACUGAAUGAGGAAGAGGGACAGCAUUUCGAAGAUAUAGAACCAAUCGAGCAUUUGUAUGGGGAAAAUGGUAAUGGCCAUUGCCAUAUUGAAGACUUUGAUUACAAGAAUGAGGAGGCUAAUGGUGUUCCAAAUGGUCAUCCAAAGGAAAUAAAUGGAAAACAGCAUCAAGAAAGGAGAAUCACAGUACCAAAGGCCAAAAGACUGCUUCCUCUCUUCGACGCAAUUGACGCAGAAGCAACAGAAGAUGGGGAAUUGAAUGGAGAUCAUGAUCAUGAUCAUGACCGUGUUCAUGAUUAUGAUGAGAAUGGUUUUUAUUCAUUUGCUCCACAAAAUUCACCAGUUUCCGAAUCUGAACUGGAAAACAAGAGGUUUGCUAUCGAGGAAGAAGUAGACCACGUAUACGAGAGAUUACAAGCUUUGGAAGCAGACAGAGAGUUUCUAAAGCACUGCAUCAGUUCCUUGAGGAAAGGAGAUAAAGGAGUUUAUCUUCUUCAAGAGAUACUACAGCAUCUAAAAGAUCUAAGAAACGUGGGGCUGCGUGUUAGGACAUCAGGAGAUGGCGCUCUAUAGUCAAAUUAAAACGAAAUCAAGUAUGUGAACAAGAACGUAAUAGAAUCCUCCAUUGGAGUUGUUCAAGAGGUGGAAAAGAUAGGACAAAAGAGCACCAAACUACUGGGCCAGUGUCCUAAGAAUGAAGAGUGCAACGGGGAAGUCCCUUGGUGGAGAGGGGAGGUUCCUAGUUCUGUCAUGGUGGAAUACAAAAUCAAGUGUCUUGUAAUUUUAAUUUCUUCUGGUUUGAUUUUCUGUAAAAGUAAAGUAAAGCCCAGAAUUUUUGUUGGGGGGGUGGUGGGUGUGGAAAUCAUUUCCUUUUUGAGGGAUAAAAAGGAGAAUGAUGAGGGUAUUUGUGUUGUAGGGUAGUGAGGUGAAAGCCAAGCUGUUAUUUCUAUGUUGUGAGACCUGGACCUGGACAGAUCCAACCAAGAUUCCAGUGCCAGGUACAUAUAAUAGCAUUAGAUUUAUUUUAUUAUUUUUGGACAGUUAGGAGGUCUUUUUAUAUAGUAUAUAUAUAUAUAUAUAUAUAUAUAUAUAUGGGUAUUAUAUAGCUUCUUUUGUUUUUGUCAUUUUUUUAAAUCUUUGUGAGGAAAGCAAAAGAAGUUGGGGAGGUAAGCAACCUGCCCCUUUUUGCUUUCCCAUCUUUGGAUCAUUUU